AAGUUGAGAAGACAAUAUGGGCAGGAACUUGAAGAACGCAGUGAUCGCAUUUCUGGUUGCCCUCCCUUCAAUCCUCUUCCACCUCUAUUUCCUCAACCAUUAUGAGAAAAGUUCUCAUAAUUCCCCUCUUUGGUCAUGGUGUUUUCACCAUCCUAUUCUCUUAGCCAAUGUCUUCUUCUUCUUCAACGUCAAUGUCCUCUUCUGGGUCAUCAGCCAUAUCCAAUCUAGCCACUGGAUGAUAGAUUUGUAUUGGACAGUGAUCCCAGUUUUGCUGGUUCACUACUAUGCAACGCAUCCACUGGGGCAGUACAACUCGUGGAGAUCAAAGAUCGUGAUACUGCUGACAUGGGUAUGGAGUAUUAGGCUUGCUCAUAAUUACUUCCGCCGGGCGAGAUGGCAAUGGGGUGCCAGAGAAGACUGGAGGUUCACCGAUAUGAGCCGACAAUACGGCAAACAUUGGUGGUGGGUUUCGUUCUUUGCUAUCUACCUUUCCGAACAGGUUUUUUUGAUAGGAGUUUGUCUCCCAUUUUAUGUUGUUCACUCUGUCGAUAAGCCACUGAACAUAUGGGAUUUUGUUGCUGCUGCGGUCUGUUUGUGUGGCAUUUUCACUGCUUACUUUGCAGAUACCCAAUUGUAUGAUUUCGUGACUAGAAAUCAGAAGCUAAAAGAGCUUGGAAAGCCUCUGGUGGCUACUCUUGACAGGGGCCUUUGGCAGUAUUCUCGUCAUCCAAACUACUUUGGCGAGCAACUAUGGUGGUGGGGACUGGUUUUAUUGGCAUGGAGCCUUGGACAUGGAUGGACCUUCAUUGGAUCACUGAUCAAUAGUAUGUGCUUAGCUUAUGUGACUCUCCUGGUGGAACGGAGGAUGUUGGGGCAGGAUUACAGAGCUGAAGCAUAUAGAUUGUAUCAGAAGACAACUUCAGUGUGGAUUCCUUGGUUCAGGUCGUCAGCAAUAGCAGUGAAAGACAAAAGUACUUGAUAUGGUUUUGUCUCAUUAAUUUUGAAAUCUGAAAGUAAAAUGUUAGCUGCUUCAUCCCCCUUUUAUUCUGUUUUCCUCUCUAGAAAUAUCCAGAACUUUUGCAUGUAAUCUUUCUUUUAUUUGAAAGACGCAUGGUUGUUGUUUAUCCAUGGUCAAAUAGAUGAGUGGUUCAGUG